ACACUUGCUGUCAUCAUCGAGGGUCUUCAACCCUCAGUAACCAUCAGGCCUAGCUUGGUAGCUGUUUUUCCCCCACUCAAAGUGGGUCAAUACACAGUGAAGAUUGUCGUUGGAAAAUAUUACCAAAGAAUAUUACCAGAGAAAGCCUUGCUUAGUUUGAGUACUUUCACAAUUUGACAAGAUGAAGUUGUGGUGGAGCUGGGUGCUUGUGCUGCUCCUGUCCUGCCUGCCCCUGUCACCGAUUGAGGCCCAGCAGGAAGAGGAGGACGAGCUACUGGGGGAGGAGGACGAGGGUCUGGUAGAGGAUAGCGACUCUGCCGAGACGGAGGCUGACGAGGAGGCCGGAGUGGAUGCCAAUGUCUCCUUCCAGGUCACGUACAAGACACCAGUUCCUACUGGGGAGGUCUACUUUGCCGAAACGUUUGAUGACGGCUCACUUGACAGUUGGCAGGUGUCGAAAACAAUGAAGGAGGAUGCAGAUGAUGACAUAGCAAAAUAUGAUGGCAAGUGGUCAGUGGAGCAGCUGAAGGAGAACAAGGUGCCAGGGGACCUGGGGCUGGUGCUCAAGUCCCGGGCCAAACACCACGCCAUCUCUGCCCUGCUCAACAAACCUUUUGUCUUCGAGGAUGACGCGCUCGUCGUCCAGUAUGAGGUGAACUUUCAGGAUGGGAUUGACUGUGGCGGAGCCUACAUCAAACUUCUAUCAGACUCCGACCAUCUGGAUCUGGAGCAGUUCCACGACAGGACGCCCUACAGCAUCAUGUUCGGACCCGACAAGUGCGGUGAGGACUACAAGCUCCACUUCAUCUUCCGCCACCAGAACCCCCUGAACAAGGACCUGGAGGAGAAGCAUGCCAAGAGGGCCGACGUGGACCUCAAGAAGUUCUACACCGACAAGAAGACCCACCUCUACACCCUGGUCCUGAACCCUGACAACAGCUAUGAGAUGUUCAUCGACCAAUCCAGCGUGGGCCGGGGAAACCUGCUGCACGACGUCAUCCCUCCCGUCAACCCAGCCAAGGAGAUCGAUGACCCCAACGACUCCAAACCCGAGGACUGGGAUGAGAGGGCCAAGAUCCCCGACCCUGAGGCCGUCAAACCUGAAGACUGGGAUGAGGACGCUCCUGCCAAGGUGGAGGACCCCGACGCUGUGAAGCCAGAAGGCUGGCUGGACGAGGAGCCCGAGUUUGUGCCUGACCCCAGCGCGGAGAAGCCAGACGAUUGGGAUGAGGAGAUGGAUGGUGUAUGGGAGGCCCCCCAGGUUCCUAACCCAGCAUGUGAGACAGCCCCCGGAUGUGGGGAUUGGAAACCCCCCAUGGUGAACAACCCCCUGUACAAGGGGAAGUGGAAGGCCCCUCUAGUGGAAAACCUCAACUAUCAGGGCGUGUGGAGCCCUCGUAAGAUCCCAAACCCGGACUUCUUCGAGGACCUGCACCCGUUCCAGAUGGAGGCCUUCAGGGCCGUGGGCUUGGAGCUGUGGUCCAUGACCUCGGACAUCUACUUCGACAACUUCAUCAUCACCUCCCACAAGGAAGUGGCCGACCGCUGGGCCUCCGACAGCUGGGGGCUCAAGAAGCUGGUUGCCAGCGCCAACGAGCCUGGGGUGUUUGCCCAGCUGACCCUGGCUGCAGAGGAGAGACCCUGGCUCUGGGUGGUCUAUAUCCUGACUGUGGGGCUGCCCAUAGGAUUGGCUGUGCUUUUCUGCUGGCCCAAGAAAUCCGAUGAUGAUUACGUGUACAAGAAGGUGGACCCCCCUCGGGCUGAGGUGGAGGAGGAGGAGGAUGAGGAGGAGGAGGAGGAGGAGGAAGAAGAGGAAAAGGUGGCCCAGGAUGGGGAGGCCAAAGCACCUGACAGUUCAGAACCUGCAGCAGCGGAGGUGGAGAGCCCGGAGGAGGAGAGCGGAGGGGCGGCUGGGGACAGUCCUGAGGGAGAGGAUGGGGAAGAGGAGGAGGAGGAAGAAGAGAGCAAGUCCAACGAACCUGCAUCCGAUGAUGAGAUGAAGGGCGCUGACGAGGGGGGCCAUAGGGCUGGGGACGGGCACAAACAGUCCGUGAGGAAGAGGAAGGUACGGAAAGACUAAGGAAGAUGGAACACCCAACGCCUACGCUCUAGUCCUUCUUUCCUUCUCGUUCCUCUGUUUGCCCUCUCCUCUGCAAGAGUGGGGUAACUCCCCUCUCCUCAAACAGCAUGCAAUCCCUCCAACCGACCUUGAGUCCACACGACUUGGGUACAGUUUCCCUCUGAAGAACAUCCCCCCCCCCCCCCCCCAUGUUCCUCACCCUGUCACUGGCUACGUCAGCUGUUAAGGGAAUCAGUGCUACCCUAAAGCCGAACCCUUCACCUCCAUGUCCUCCCUGCUAUGAGCUCCAGCUCUCUCCCUCCCCCCCCCACACACACACUCACUCUCUUUUCCUCUUAACGGCAA